ACGGACACAUUAAUCGAUUGCAGGCUGGUACACUCAGUUUACAACUUCGUUCCUACCAGUAUAACAAUUAAUAUAAGGGGGGUUUCAAUUGCUGCAAUGCAGAUUGGCGUGUAACUAACUACCUUAUUUAAGGAAACGGAGGAAGCUUGGCAGCGCACUUGCCCUUCAGCUAACUUCCGUUUGUAGUUGUGUGCGUGUGUGGGGGGGGGGGGUAGCCUGCAAACUUUGUCACUUACAAGAAUCAACACGGGGUCAUGUUUCCACAUACUGAGCAAUUCUCUACAGCUCGGCAGUUCUAGAUUAGUUGCGAAGGAGAAUGGUGAACAAACGCACAACGGUGCAGCUUGGCAAACGCGUGGGAGUCCCAUGUGCUUGGGAACAGUUUUGAGUUAAACAACACAAAACGAUGGAGAAGCCAACGACAGACCAAUUCUGGAGACUUCAGCACCUGGUGGAGCGAUGCCUUCACGACCUUGAGAAGCUCUCCUGCACAGAGUCGCCCAAAAAUGCUGGCUUGGCACUGAACCGAUGGACCUUGGAGGAGCUUAUGAGCAGACAUCCAUCCAAUGGUGUAUUGGUUAUUCGGCAGAUACUUGACAAGCUCCGAGAGCUUCAUGGGACAUUUAACCACGAUGGAUUUGUUCCUUUGGCGCUCAUGUUUUGGUCAACUGCAAUUAACACCCCACACAUACCCCAGGACAAGCAGAUCCUCAACAUCUCUUACGAGGAGUUCUGCAAGUUUCUGACAUGGCCACAGCCUGCAGGUGGACUCUGCAAAAACGUCCUUCACUUCAUCAAGACAGAAAUGAGAGCCCCCGGAAUAACGUUCCAGAGGCUGGCCCAAGCCGAGAAUGAAAUAAGUUCAAAUAGUUGCCUUCCUAAUGCAAAAACCGUUCUACUACUAGACCCUGCGGAAGUACCACAAGGGUUUUCCGAGACUGUCAAAGCCGAACUGAAACUUCUUGGCCUGGACAGACAGAGCAGCACCGUGAAGCUCAUCCGACACGUGUUCCAAAGCACAGGCGGCAGGGAGUAUGACCUUGAUGCCCUGCAGAAAUCCCUGCAGACAAAGGACAAGGAUUUUGUACACAGCGUAUACCUGAGGUGUGUGAGUGCACUGGAGAAAGCAGAUUCCUCAAGAAAUGACGACCGCAGUUCUGGCGACCUUGGGCAGCAGCUGCAUACAAUCUAUGAGGAAAUUGUGGGGUCUGGUAAAAAAGGCGAAAACAAUAGCACAUUGGAGUUCAUACCAUUGCCUCUUCCCAAAAUAUUGGUCCAUGACUGGAAAGACCAAAACUUAGACUUUUUAUACAAAUAUGUGCAGCAGAAAAAAAUUGGCAAAGCACUCGCCACCGAGCAGGGAUCUGGUGACGUCCAACCUUUUCGAGAUUCCGGAUUCUCCAGUGCUUCCAUAAGUUCUGGCUCUUGGCCCGAACGGGAAUCCGCUUGUGAGACACAACCACGUGAUGAUGGCCUGUCAGCUUUACGGCACAGUGAAGCUCGCUUGCCGAGUGACAAACGACCCGACAGUGGAUAUUCCGAAAAGGACGAAUUAGAACUGAGUAACAUAGAGGAAGAUGAACUUUUGGACACUGACCCCAAUGUUAGCAAAGCGGAUCUACCACAAACGGAUGAAUAUUAUUUACCCAGUGAGCUACCACUGCUGGAUGAAGACGAACCCAGGGAAACAUUGUGCUGUCGCGGUUCAAUUGAGGAUGACCUAUCGGACAAUGAAGCGACAGAAGAGUGCUCUUCUCUAAAGAUAACGUCCGAGGCAAAUAAACUUAAGCGGAAGACGGCGAUGCGCAGGAAGCUACAACUGAGAGACGAGAAGGCUGCAGAGUGCCGCGCCUUGCGAAUUGUAGUUUUUGGCCGAGAUAAAACGCUGGGAAGGCUUGCAAGGGCCUACAACAGGAUGAGGAUACGCGAAUCAAGAUGUUCAUUGCUGAUGAAGCACUUCCGACUGGAGUUUUACUACAUUCCCAUUCGAGACCGACCGCCCUCCACAGCCAACCCACUAUGUGGACAGGCUCUCAACCAGCAGCAGGAUCAAGACAACUGCGUGAUAUCUCAGACUCUGGGAGUGAUCGACACCUGGUACGAGCGUAACGUUGGCAAUGCCUUCAGCAUCAUGACCCUUCUUCCGAGCCAGAUCACACAAGAGACGAACGGAAUUGCACAUUAUCCAUUCUGGGCCAACACAGUGCUGUAUUACAGCCGGUUUGCCAAGCACUCAGUCCUGCUUCAAGCUUACCAAAUGGAGCUGUGCCUAAUAAAUGGAAAGAAGGUGAAGGAGAUUUUUGUCCAGGAGAUGCUCGUGACCCCCCAGUCUUCAAGACAAACGCUGACGGCCGGUCAAUGCAGAAGAGCGUCAGAAUUUGACAAAGAACCCUCUGUCUCUCUCUCGAUGGCGUACGACAAGGUUAGCGUAAGCAAACGUGUGCAAACGGUGACCGUUGAGAAGAAUUUCACAUCUGUGAAGAUUUCACGACUGUCACCACUGGUGAAAGCAGAGGCCAACUUGGAUACUCUAUACCUCAUCACGAUGGAACCUGCUGGGAAACAGACAAGGAUGUUGCCAUUUGUCACCCAGGUGAACCAACAGACUACUCCACAGAUAAGGAACCCUCCCAUAAGGGUCAAUGCUGUAUCACUGAAGAGCAGAGCAUACUCCACUUUAACUGUCAUGUUGGAUAAUGAUGAGAGUAAAGUGUUUCAGGAUGUAAUCAGCUGUGCAGUGUCUGCUUGUUUGAAUCCUGAGCACAGCCUGCUGAAGAGACAACACAAGACCUCAAAAGUCAACCCAGGAGAUUGUCACCCAUUUUUAGGUCUCCCCAUCAGCCUUUUUUCUGUACGGACUUUAUAGUCUCAUUUAAAAACGUGACUUUUUAACUGUCCUGGGGAAAACUUGACAAGAGUUCCCCAGGACAGAUAACUCAACAAGGGGGUUGAUCCUGGGAAAACCGGGACAGGUGGCGGCGACCCUAAUGUUAGGUUAUCAGUGCAGUCUUAUAUCAUCAUUGCCAAGAGUGGAUGAUACACUUUGAAACGUCGAAACCAUAAGAGUGUGCUGUGGUUUCCUUUGGCAACUUGACACUGCGUGCGUGAAUAGAGUCUACAAUCAUUUAAAAUGGUUAAACAAUAUAUAUAAUUGAUGAAGCUGCGGUUUCUAACAUUCUUAAAAAAACACAUGAAAAGUAACUGAUACAGUGCAGUGUUUUCCAUAUGAAGUACCGUAACAAUACAGUAUGAUACACUGUACAAUGUAAUACUCAAUGCCUGUAUAUAUGUUAAAUGAUGUGUUAGAUUGUAAUCUGUUUGAAAGUGCCUACAAUUGAAUGUAAUAUCCUAUUUAAAUUGGAAGAAAAAAACUAAGCAUAGUGUGGAGGGCAAGGAAGCACUAGUUUAAGGUGCCUUGUCUUAAUACACUUGGUAUGCGAGUGCAGCUAUAUAGGUAUGAGGGAUAUGUAGUUUUUAUUAUCAGAACCUUUAUUUCGACUGGAAGAAUGUGAUGAGACGUCCACAUUGUGUAGUCCCCCAAGUUCCUCCUCUGCUCUUUUGUAGUUUGCUGCCACCUUGUGUUCAUGUGCAGAAUGUGUUGCUGUUAGCGCCAUAUCUCCAUAUCCAUAUAUCUAUAUAUAAAAAGGCAAAGUUGUCAAUGUGUGUCUGUUCAAAAUGUUUAGCGUACUUCCCGACA